GGGAGGGCGGCGGCGGCGGAAGCGGCGCCGGGGACUGAUGGCGGCGCUGGCGCGGGCCCUGAGCUGCCAGACUGGAGUAACUCAGUGGAUAACAGGAUGCAGUGGAUUGCUCCAGACCGCCGCAGUCCCGGGCCAGUGUAGACGGAUGCUCUGCAGUAUUUUCCAGAGACACAAGGCUGGCCCCUUCCGACUGUCCAGGUUCUGUCGAGGAUUGAUUCAAGCCAAUGGAGCCACCACGCAGCAAAACAGAUCCUUUUACAAUACAAAUAAGCAUCUUUCUGCAAAAGAUUCCUUGCAUCCAUCUGAAGAGAAAGUGGGUGCUUUCACAAGGAUAAUAGAAGCAAUGGGGUUCACAGGACCACUCAAGUACAGCAGAUGGAAGAUCAAGGUGGCGGCGCUGCGCAUGUACACGUGCUGCGUGGAGAAAACCGACUACGAGGAGUUCUUUAGCAGGUGCCAAAUGCCUGAUACUUUGAAUUCAUGGUUCCUAGUAGCCCAGCUUCAUGUCUGGAUGUGUCUGGUGCGGAUGAAGCAGGAGGGCCGCACGGGCAAGUACAUGUGUCGCUACAUCGUCCACUGCAUGUGGGAGGAUGUUGAGCAGCGUGGUAAGGUCAUGGGGAUUAAUUCUGUUGCUCUAAAGGAAGAUUUGAAAAGUAUGGUAGAAAAUUUCUAUGCAGCUCUGUUUGGAUACGAUGAGGGAAUCUUGUCUGAUGAUCAUGUUCUGGCAGCAGCUCUUUGGAGGAACCUUUUUAACAGGAACUGUGACGACCCUCGGCAUCUGGAGUUACUCGUGGAGUACGUGCGCAAACAGGUGCAGCACCUGGACGCGCUGAGCGGGGAGGACCUGCUGCUCACGGGCGAGGUGAGCUGGCGGCCGCUGGUGGAGAGCGACGCCCGCAGCAUCCUCAAGCCCCUCUCCCCCGUUUACAACGACGAAGGACUCUGAGAUCCCUGUCGGAACAGCUUGGGAGGCGUGCCUGAAGUGGGACUGGGCCGAGGCCGUGGGCUCAGGAAGGAAAAUCUGCUGUUGGAAGACAAAUGUUUCAUUAGCUAUCCCAUCCGUGGUGCCUCAGUAGCAACCUGGACAGCCAUACUCCUCUGAACCUUCACCCGCAAGUAAAUCCUCGUUGGUUUGAGAACCUCUGUCCUUUUUAUGGCCCUGAGUGGCCCUGA